GUUUGGCUGUGUCAUGUAAAGCGACCUUCAUCAAUGGACGCCAGUAAAGUAGAACGCUGUAGUAGGAUUUUCAAGUAAAAGUUAUUUUUUUCGGGAAUUACUUAAUUAUUUACUAUUAUAAGUAGUAAAUCAAUCAGUUAAAUAAUGUAAGCGACUGGUGCAAUAAGUACUUGAACACUUUAUUUUGUGUUUAUUUAAUUUGUUUUUACAUAGGUUAUCCGUAGCUAAGUGUAACAACAUAGAAAUUGAAGUAAAAUGGAAGCUGUGGAAGAGCCUCCAAUGCAAAACCUAGUUGAGAGUGCAAAAGUGAACAUUGUAAGCACAGGGGAACCUGUGUUGUUGGCAGAUUCAAGCUUGUGUCACACAUCAAAUGGUGUCGCGGAGUCUCCUCUUGUGACGGCAGGCGCAGACUUCUCUGUUUCAAGUAGUGUUGUUACAACAACAGAGGUACCACCUGACACCGUGUCCGCCUCACAGACCCCCGACGUUGAUACUACAGUCGUUGAAGCUAGUACUGCAGCUCCCACUACAGACAUAGCUGCAUCUUUUCCGCCUGAAGAAGAGCUCUUAGUUGAAAUGGAGGCCACAAACGCAAUAGAAAACUUGCUCGACAAUAAAACAGAAGAAAUUACAGAAGAGGUAAUUGAAACAUCAGAGGCUAUCCUCUGUAGUGAGGUGGCUAUAGAGGGAAAUACUAUUUUAGUGGAUAAUGUCGAUACCUCUAUUGAUAAAGUCACUUUAAGGACAGAGAUACUUGUAGAGAAAAGUGAUAAUGAUGGCAUUCCAGAUCCAAAUGACAGUGCCACCGAACAUGAUAAUUCAAAUAACAUUUUAAGUCAAUUAGGUCAAGGUAUAGAACUAAGUGAGGCUCUAAGGUCUUCAGAUACGACUGACAAUGGUGAAAAUAAUAAUGGCACUGGGAGAGAAGAAGUUUUCAACAAAGAGGAGUUGUUAGAUAUUUUAGAAGGAAAUGAUGAGGUCCCAUCUAACAAUGAAGUAGGUGAGAUGUUGCAAAUUGAUGAUCCACAAGUUAAAAAGAUGAUUGAAGCUCAGAUUGCGCUAAAGCAGUUGACCAGAUUGAAGUCUACUCGUUCCAAAAACAGAUCCUCAGUUGAGCCUAAAAGUUCUGAUAGAAAAUCGUCAUCCCCAAGGAAGAGAAAAGGUGGCAAAUCUGAGAAAAAUGAUUCGGAACAGGCAAAAGAAAACAAUAAUGUCCAAGACAAUAAAAAUGACACAGUGGAAACUGUAGAGACUGAGAGAGCAGAUAGUAAUGAUUGUGAUAAGAAAAAUGAUAGCAUAGUUAAUGUUCUUGUUAAAGAUUGGGAUGAUGAUGAAGAGGCAGAUCAUUCAAGCCAACUAUUAAGUGAGACCAGCAGCUUACUUUCAACCACUGAUCAACUGAUACAAUCUCAAGAGUCUCUUACUAGUGGUGAUGGACCUGCAACUAGAAAAUCUACAGAUUGUCCCCAAGGAGAAGGACAAGUAGUCAGCCAAAAUAAAAGUGGUGAUGAAGGCCAACCUCAACGGAGACUAGGGAGAGUUAUCAAGAAAAAAGUUAUUUUUGAUCCUGACAACCCUGAUACUUUUACAAAAGGUAAAGUUGCUGCUAAAACUAAAGAUCCACAAACAGAAAAGGAGCAACCUCCACCUAAAAAACCCAAAGCUGAGCCAUCUCCAAGGCGAUCUACAUCUAAAUCUCCUACUUCAAAGUUACAGUGGAAGAAACCAACUCCAAAAAAUACCAGUAAACAAAAUAAAAGGUUAACUGAAAUAGAUAGAUUACUGAUGGAUGAGGGGGCAGUUAACAUGAUAUAUCAGCUAACUCCGGAAGCACCCAAGGGCAAGAAAAAUAUGAGGACUAAAGCAGAAUUUAUUAAAAAGAUUCAAAGUUCAACUCCUGACAGUAAAGAAAUGAAGUUUCGGGAAAGGAAAAAAGAAAUCAAAUUGGAGGAGGCUGAGGCCAAAAAAAUUUUAGGAGGGAAACAGAGAUCGUCUUUGAGUAGCUCUGUGAAGUCUCCAGCUUGUGAGGAUUUUGAAGCCCAUAGCGCUGAUGAUUCUAUUAUUUAUCGUCGUCACUCAUCGAGUUCGUACUCAAGCGCAUGCAUGAGUCCGCGGCGGUUGAGCGACGUGGACCCCAGCGCCGUGCAGAGCGCCGCACGCGCCGCUCUCGCAGCUGAGAACGAAAAUCUGCUCAUUGCCAAAAACAUUGAUAGAGGAACAGAUGUUUUUAUGGCAGAUGCCAUUAUCACUAGUAAUGAAAUAAUAAAUAAAGAGGAUUGCUUGUCUCUGAAGGAAAAGUUAAAUACAAAAUUGUCCCUGGCAAUAAGUAAGAGAAAGCGCGACAGCUCUAAGACUGAUAAACCAUCAAAACAAAAAAGGGUAUCCAAAAAUUCAUCUGUAGACAAAGAUAGUGCUGUAAAAGCUGAGAAAAAUGAUAAUUUUAAAUAUCUUACAAUUUCUUUUGACCAAAGAUUGGCUGAAAUAUGUAUUAGAAAAUCUGGAUCAGGUCUUAAUGUUGAGAUGCUAAAGGAGAUAGAGCAAGCAUUGUUGUUAAUUGACAAUAAUAAAGAAAUAUCUGUUACAUUGCUGAAUUCGGAAUGCGGCACUCUUUGUUCACAAUUAGAUUUGCAACCUCUAUUGGGUGACGCAAUGGAAACCAGGACCAACUAUGCACAUGAAAUGGCAGAAUCAGUUAGGUCCCUAUUAAGCUCAGUGGAGAGGCACAGAAAGUUGACAGUGAGCAGCGUGUGGGGAGAGUGUGGCGGUGUGGCACUAGCUUUAGUAGCACUGUCUGACGUGGGCCUGGCUGCCGAGAACGCCACGUUCGCGCUCAGCGUCGCGCCGCCGCUGCCCGGCGUGGCUGCGCUCACCACGCGCUGUGCGAGAUUGUCUCAAUCACUGAUUACUGAUUUGGUGGUUUUUGGUCGUCGUCUGUCGGCGGCGGAGGCGCUGCAAGGCGGGCUGGUGAGUCGCUGCGUAGCGGGUGCGCCCACCGAAGCCGCACGCGCACUUGCUAAAGACUUCGCUGCACAGCCGAUACAGAGUGUGCUUCUGAAAAAGCAGUUAUUGAAUUUAAAGAAAAACAGCGAAUCGGAGUCGACAUUCCUGUCCGGUCUAGAGAGGGAGCGCGACCUCCUCGUAGAGUAUUGGACCUCUGUAGAGGGACAGGAGGUGCUUCGAGCAGCUCUUACCACUUAACUCGCCAUUCUGACGUCAUCUCACCACGCUUGAUGCGCGUAAUACAUCGGCAAAAUACACGGGGACUACAUCAAAUGCCCCUGCAGACUACUAAACAUUAUCAUUUAUAUUGUGCAAUUUUAAUCUGUUCAAUCAACAAUUUCACCGCAAUAUACCUGUCAGUUUUAUUAUGUGGCUAAUAAAUGAAUAUGAAUAUUUCAAUGAAGACGAAAAAAUAUUCUUGUAUCAAUAAUAAUAGGACCUGUCGAUGUAGUCACAAGGAUGACAAUAUUUUAAAGGGAAAUUGAUAAAAAUAUAGUUCAGGAACUGUUGCCUGUCAUGUGUAGAUUCUUUAAAAACUGCUCUAAGAUACGUAUUUGUGACAGUUACAUUCCCAACCAAUUCGAUGAAAUGAUUCAAGUAUUUGUAUAGAUUUCUGCAUAUUUUAUGCAUAUAUAGAAUCACCUUUUGCUCAUUUUUCUUUUAGAAACCGAAAUUAAAGUAGUUUUUAAAGAAUCGGGCGUUGUUAGAUUAGUUGUAUAUGAUUAUAUUAUGUUAUAGAUGAAAUUGUUUAUGUCUUUGUUUAGAUGUUUAUGAGUUUAUAAUUUUCUAGACUUAAGUUUUAGUUUCUAUUUCCAGCCAAAGUUAUCAGAAAUGAAAUAUUCUCCUGCAGUAAAACACAUUUGGUAGUUGAAAAAUAUUUUAUGUUCAAUAAGCACUGAUUUCGUGAUUAGUUUUCAUUUCUGAAGUGAUUUCACUGAAGUUUGUAGCACAUUGGGGAUAAGCAUACCUAAAUAUUUCUUUUAAUUUUAAAACACUAGUAAAAAAUCACUUGUGACUGCUCUGUCCUUAAUUUCUUUCCAUAUUUUUAGUAGACGAUUUAGUUUUAAUUCUUUAAGGUAUAUGUAACUAUUUUUAAGUGUAGUAAUAAUUUAUUUUCUUUCAUUUUGUUAAUUAAAAAGAAAGUGCCUUUCAUGUUUUUACAUAUUAAUAGUCAUUUUCUGUGCAGUGUAGUGUAUUAAACUAUGUGUGCAAUCGAUUGUAGAUGAAGAAAAGUAAAUUCAUUUUUUUUUCAAAAAUGAAAUCAUAUGAAGAAAUACUUACCAGUUUUUAAGUUUUGGCCACUUAGUACAAAAUGUUUGGUAAAUUAAUCACACGCGUAAGUUUAAUUAAAAUUUGGACGCGAUGAUUAGUAAUUUUUAAAUUAUAUUAGAUAGCAAUGGUAAUGAAACGGAUAAAAUAAUAUGGUAUGUGUGACUGAACGAAUUAAACGAUCGAGUGCUUUUUCGUUGGUAAUGUAUCAGAAAGUUGUCUAAAUGUAUCAUAAGAUAUAAAAUUGCGAGAGCUUAACAAAAUUUUCUCACUUCAAUGAGAGAACCAAAUUGAUGUAAAAAAUAUUUUAUAUAGUUUAACACAUGCAUUAAGGUUCCUACAGGCGUUAAUUUUCUAUACUGAAAUGUAGUAACAGAUUAUAUUAUUUGGCACAUUUAUAAGGUACUUGGUACGAAUUUGAAAUUAAACUCCUGUAAAAACUUGCAAAGAGGUUCUUGGGUUAAAUAGUUUUAAGACACAAACAAAUGUGUAAUAAAUAAUAUUGUCAUAUCUCACAUUGUGAAUUACUUUAUGUAAUAAUAAAUGAUAAUAAAUUUAA